UGUUGACAGAAAGAGAAGAUAAGACAAGACAACGCAGACAAACUAAAUUUGCUUCGCUACUAGUCGUAAAUAUAUUUUGUAAUUUUCAUUGUUUUUCCAAAUAUCAAGUUGCAAAUGGUUUGAAAAAGAGUGAUACAAUCACCGUGCUAUUAACUUUCAUGUCCCGAAGUACUCGUAUAUUAGUGGAGUUUCGUCAACAUGGCUCGCACCGUCCUGUUGUUUUGUUUAGUUAUCUUCGUUAACACGGUUGCCCCGUGCAAGGUGUCCUUAUCGAAUAAUGGGCCGGCCGUACGUGGAUCUAACAUCACAUUCACGGCCACCUUGUCGCAGGGUUGUAUAGGGGAAAACCUGAAGUAUGUGUUUAUGGACAGCAGCGGUUACACUAACGAUGCUGAGUUCAUGUCCAUAACUGGUGUCGUAAACUGGACCGUUGAGUAUAAACGGAAUCUGUAUGUUGCUCGCCAGUACACUGCGGAAGUCCAUGUGAAGAGGCUCUACAAUAUCAUCAACUUGUACAUUGAGAUUGCUAGAGCGAGCAAUGACUUUACACUUACAGACACCCUACAUGGCGGACUUGUUCUAAAGCAGAACAACGCCAUCCGCCCAAACACCUUCGUAGCCGUCAACCAAACUGUCCACCAUUACAUAGAACUGCCCCAAGCAGAGAUGGACUUCCUCAAGGCCAACGCUUCCCAAGUCAUCACCUACUGGUUCAUCGACUGCAAAUAUAUCGAUCAAACUACUACUAUGUCAUUAGACAACACAUAUCAUGAUACUAUGAGCGAACACAACAUUGACGUGCUAGUUGUCGCUAACAACGAUCCUUUACCGCCAAUAACAACAACAACAACUACUACAACAACUACAACGACGACAACAACAACUACUACAACAACAACAACUACAACAACAACGGAAAAACCUGGUGAAGUGAUACCAGCUCAUAAUAUAACCAAGCGGGCGGCGAAAAGGAAGAGUCCAGUGAAAGAUUUUAUUUGUCGCGAUACGGUCGUGCCUAUUGGAGAUCAUUAUACGUAUGGACAUUAUCAAGCCACUUUGAAAGUUAGAGAACCAAUCUCCAAAAUAAACAUCACCGGCCGAAACUGGUUACAGCACGGAGACCUCCUAAAUCUCGAGGUCAAAUACACCGGCUCACCCCCCUUCGACUUCUGCGCCCAAUACAAAAAGGGGGAAUAUAAUAUAACUGGGAACGAAACUUGUUCUGUCACGACCAGGACCGUUGUCAAUACGUUCCCGUUGGUCCGGUAUUUUCUGGAUAGCGACCAGCAUACCGUGGUCGUUAUAAUUGAAAAUGAGAUGGGAAAGAACGUUUCUAGGGCUACAAUUAAUAUUUAUAAAGCGUUGGUACACGCGCAGCUGUCUGUGAUUGUGGUGCCCGUCGUGUUCUGUCUGCUCGCCGUUAUUUUGGUGGUGUUCGGCGUUGCUUACUACCAGCAUCGUUCUAAAUACACAAUAGAAGUAGCCGACUUCGAUUUCGGCCAGCAAGCCAACUUAGACUACAAGACGUUCACCGAGCGCCUCCGGGACAGCUUCCGGAGCGCCCUCAACCUACGACACGAUUCCGAGACGGACCCGCUCACUCCCAACUCGCGGUACGACUCAUAGACGUAUACCACUAAGAUUCGUGCAAUUUUCUACCUUAUCCUACUUAAAAUACGGUUGAGUUUUGAAUGGCGUUCAGUGAGCGAUUCUAGACAGCUUCCGAAGCGCCUUCAACCUACGACACGAUUCCGAGACGGUCCCGCUCACUCCCAACUCGCGGUACGACUCAUAGACGUAUACUACUAAGAUUCGUGCAAUUUUCUACCUUAUCCUACUUAGAAUACGGUUGAAUUUUGAAUGAAGUUCAGUGAGCGAUUCUAGACAGUUUCCGGAGCACCCUCAACCUACGACACGACUCCGAGGCGGACCCGCUUACUCCCAACUCGCGGUACGACUCGUAAACUCACAUCACUAAGAUUCAUGCAAUUUUCUACCUUAUCUUACUUAAUAUACGGUUGAAUUUUGAAUGACGUACAGUGAGCGAUUCUAGAAAACUUUUAAAGCGCCCUCAAUCUACGACACGACUCCGAGACGGACCCGCUCACUCCCAACUCGCAAUUUUCUACCAUCAUGUCCCACUUACUAUACGGUUGAAUUUUGAAUGACGUUCAGUGAGCGAUUCUAGGCAGCUUUCGCGGCGCCCUCAACCACGAGCGCAUCCAUAACACCAUAGUUCAAUUUUCAAUCGUAUCCCCAUCUAUUUGGUGGCGUCUGCUAGUUGUUUUUUUUAUUGUAAAAUUUACAUUGGACAAAAUAUCCCUGGUAUAGCUCUGCAGUAAAAGACAUAUCAGAAUUAUUUAAAAACUUUGCUUUUCCAAGUGAUUUAGGUACUGUGUUUAAUGCAAAUCUAAUGUAAUUUUUGUUACAAAUUACCAGAAAGGCGUGUUUGAAAACGUGAAUCAUCUAUUUUCGUUUGUUUUACUCGUUUAUCCUCUAGCCGCCCAUACGUCAAACCGUGCCAAGCAAAAUGAAAUUUUAUUUUGUCAACACAAUGUUCAAAUUAGAAUGGAACAGGAGACCUUUUUAUAGGUCUCUGGGCGGCUAGAGGAUAUUCUAACUUUUGAUUGCUAGCCGAUCAUCUUUAUAUUCAAUAAUAUCGAUUUUUGGAUACAUCUAGACUCUUAAAAUAGGAAAGUUUUUAUUUCCAACUCUUUUGCUUUUGCGUAAAAUUGUCACACUUAAAGUUCGAGGUAAAAUGUAGACGUCUAGACAUUGUAAAUGGGGUCAGAUUUGUACUCAAAUCGGGACGCAAACCACUUGAAAAGUUCAAUGGUGCACUGAAAUUUUACUGUAUUUGCCGUCGUGCCAAAAAACUUAGAUUUUGUUUGCGUUAUCAAACUGCUAAACUUGUUUUUUACUCAUCUCAAUAAAAUUUCAGUGCAUCAAUAGUUAUUUGUCUGCGAAGUUGUUGUUUGCCGUGAGUUUCAGGUACAAAUUUUGUUAAUAAUUACUUCCCAGGCGAUAACUCUGUAAAGUGAUUAAGGGAGAUGUAUGAUGAUGUCUCGUGCACGUCAGCUGCUGCCCUGUUGGUGGGUUGAGGACGAAUGUGGUCAUAAAAAUCUGUUACUGGCUUACGGACCAUUAUAUUGAAUGCCGAAAAAUCAAAGUCUUAUCUUCGCUCUGUCUCGGCUAUAAGUGCAAAAAAACAUUAAACCUUUUUGACUCUAGAGGAUAAAGUAGUUUUUUGCGAGAAAAUUAAAGAAAAAUCUUGUUUUUUGAACUGUAUGAAAACAUUAUUAUUAUAUAACUUUUUUGUGUAUGUUGAGUUAUGUCGCCUUGCAAAAACUACCCACGGUUCAGUAAAAAAACGAGACAUUAAUAUUUUCAGUAUAUGAAAUGAACAAUUAAAUAGUUUACCUGAAAAUAAUUUGUAUCUUCUUUGCAAAAUUGUAUCUCUCUUCGGCAGCAAAAAAAUGUACACCUGAUUUUUUAUUUAAUGCGAAGAUAUUUUUAUUUACAUAGUCAUAGUUUUAACGUUUAAGGUAUUUUUUAUUUAUUAGAUAGUGAUCUCUACUUUAUAUUUAGUUAUUAAUUAAAUUAGACAUUGACAUAAAUUAUAAUUUUUUCAACAUUUGCUUGGCGCUUUUAUGCCCCAUAUUGUAGACAAAAUAAUAUUAAGAUGCGUGAAGUAAUGCAAACCUUUGUAGGUAUAAUUUCGAACCCUGAAGUAGGUAACUCUGUUCGACCCAGUUCGGUGGAGUUCACACACAUCAAGCCAAAGUUUCAAAAAUAUAUUAACACAACCUUAUUGUCAGUGUCUUAAGGCCUGUCUCCA